UGGGUGCAACCUUUAUGUUCCUUUUGCAGGCAUUGCUUUGCUGUAUUUGCACCUGCAUGACGUGUACGGAGACCCAGCCUACCUUCAGGUGGCCCAUGAGUACGUGAAGAAGAGCCUGAGCUGUCUGACAAGACGAUCCAUCACUUUCUUGUGUGGAGAUGCUGGGCCCCUGGCAGUGGCUGCUGUUGUCUACCACAAACUGCACAACGAGAAGCAGUCAGAAGACUGCAUCACUCGUUUGCUCCAUCUGCACAAGCUUGACCCACGAGUGCCAGACGAACUGCUGUACGGGCGCAUGGGCUAUCUCUAUGCACUGAUAUUUGUGAACAAGCACUUUGGAGAGGAAAAGAUCCCUCAAAGUCACAUUCAGCAGGUCUGUGAAGCAGUUGUAGCCUCAGGAGAGAGCUUGGCCAAAAGGAGGAACUUCACAGCAAAAAGCCCCCUGAUGUACGAGUGGUACCAGGAGUACUAUGUAGGGGCAGCCCAUGGUUUGGCUGGGAUUUACUACUACCUCAUGCAGCCUGGCCUUGGAGUGAGCCAAGUAAAACUACACAAUGCAGUCAAACCCAGCGUGGACUACGUCUGCCAGCUCAAAUUCCCGUCUGGCAAUUACCCUCCGUGUGUCGAUGACACCAGAGACCUCCUCGUCCACUGGUGCCACGGGGCACCAGGUGUUAUCUACAUGCUUGCCCAGGCCUACAAGGUCUUUGGGGAACAGCAGUACCUAAACGACGCGCUGCAGUGUGCAGAAGUGAUCUGGCAGCACGGGUUACUGAAGAAAGGCUACGGGCUGUGCCACGGGACGGCUGGCAACGCUUACGGGUUCCUAGCGCUUUACAACCUCACUCAGAACAUGAAAUACCUGUACAGGGCCUGCAAGUUUGCAGAGUGGUGUUUAAGUUAUGGCAUGCACGGGUGCCGGACUCCAGACACUCCAUUCUCUCUCUUUGAAGGAAUGGCCGGAACCAUUUACUUCCUUGCUGAUCUCCUGGUUCCGACCAAGGCCAAGUUCCCCGCCUUUGAACUCUGAAUCUGAGCUUGGCAGUUCCCUGCCUGAAUCCUUCUGCACUUGGACAAGCGGUUCGAAGCUGCUUUCUCCUUCUUCCAAACUCAUCGUUGUUCACCUAACUCUACAUAAAUCCAUCCUCUUGAGGGCAUGCCGAGUUCUCUAGUAUUGCUAGCCAUCUCAUUGCAUUGUUUCUGUUUAAAAGACAGAAUGCAGAUUUUGCUGGUGUCUCAAAAACACAGGGCUGCAGGUGGGAGCAGGGAAAAAACGUAUUUUGUUUGCUAUAGAGUUUUGCUAUUUUCUGUAUCGUAUUUCCUGGGAGAAAGAUUUCUAUUGAAUG